UUUAGUUCUUACUAACGUUUUGUGACUGAAUGAUCAUUCCUUGACAGUUGCCGCAGCAAGAAAACUCAUAUGAUUGCGGCCUUUUUCUACUUCACUAUCUAGAGCUCUUCCUGGCUGAAGCUCCUCUUAAUCUCAAUCCAUUCAAACUACCCAGAUUCUCCAACUUUCUCAAUUUGGACUGGUUUCCACCUGCGGAGGCUUUUCUCAAGCGAACUGUUAUCCAGAGGUUAAUCUUUGACCUCGUGGAAAAUCACAGUGCACAUGAAGUGUUUUCCUCUGACUACAGUGAUGACCACCACUACUCACAAAAUAAUGAGAACAGAACUGGCGUUCAAUGUCCUGAAACCAAUGGGGAGUCAUCAACUUCGCAUUCUGGCCAGGGAAUAGAAAUCACUCUACUGUCUGCAUCAUCAUCUUUGGAUCCUCAAUCUUUUAACACUUCAGGCAUGGUUCUUAAGGAGUUUUUUGACCCAGAAGCUACAGCAGGAACUUUGCUGGGACAUUGCGAAUAUUUUGACCGGCGGUCAUCUGAUCAUUGUCUCAAUGGUUCAAUAUUUUCAAUAGAGGAACAUACAGGUCUCAGUGAGCGACUUAUGUAUACAACUACAGAUCUGGAAUUACACCGCAAUCAUGUUCAUUGCCAUACUUACCAGGCGGUUGUGGUCAUAGAGCAAAAAUCUCUAUACAAGCAGAGCAUGACAAGGCUGAGUUAUCUCUUGAUACAUCUGGUUGUGCAUCAGAUGAUUUGGAUGACAUAUGGGUUAUUGAAAAUUGCCCAAAUAGAAAUGAAGCAAAAUCAACUUAUGAAGAUGAGCAAUGUGAAAAAAAGACACUCAAAUACGAUGUGGGCUGGCAACAAUAAAGGAGUUCAACACUCAUUAUUUCAACAAACACCAACAAUACAAUUGCAUCAAGUUUCUGAAGCAGCAGAUGACAAUGUCACACGUGAUAGUCUUCAGAUGAUUGAAGAUAUUGGAACUGAUAUUUUUGAGGAACCAGUUUCAAAGAAGAGACGGGCUAUGGUUCAUCACUUUCGCCUUGCAGAGCCAUAGCCCGCCUCUUCUUUGAAACUGGUUCCUCAAAAAUAUCAGCUCCAAUAUCAAUUCCAUUGGAUUCUGUCAGGAUUUCAUCACUUUCGCCUUGCAGAGCCAUAGGCCGCCUCUUCUUUGAAACUGGUUCCUCAAAAAUAUCAGUUCCAAUAUCAAUUCCAUUGGAUUCUGUCAGGAUUUCAUCACUUUCGCCUUGCAGAGCCAUAACCCGGCUCUUCUUUGAAACUGGUUCCUCAAAAAUAUCAGUUCCAAUAUCAAUUCCAUUGGAUUCUGUCAGGAUUUCAUCACUUUCGCCUUGCAGAGCCAUAGCCCGCCUCUUUGAAACUGGUUCCUCAAAAAUAUCAGCUCCAAUAUCAAUUCCAUUGGAUUCUGCCGGUUAUGGCUCUGCAAGACGAAAGUGAUGAAAUCUUGACAGAAUCCAAUGGAAUUGAUAUUGGAACUGAUAUUUUUGAGGAACCAGUUUCAAAGAAGAGCCGGUUAUGGCUCUGCAAGGCGAAAGUGAUGAAAUCCUGACAGAAUCCAAUGGGAUGACUUCUUUUGCCUAAAUAUAUAAUUCCGAUUUAUUUAUAGGUUUUACUUUGCCAACAUGUGAAUAGGGUCAUUGGUUGGUUGGUAGUAGGGAUUACUUCCAUAAUUCUAUAAGGCUUUUUUUUUUAUCAUGUAAAUUUUAUAGUUUAAGGGUUUUGGAUUGACUAAAUUCUUUUUCAAUUGAAUAUACGUUAGAAAUAUAGAUAUUAAGUUACAGAUCUGAGUCUAACUCAUUUUGCUUAAAGUAUUUAAUGAAUAUAAAAUUUA